CCUACAAUAUCAUCUCUCUUCCUCAAUUCUCUCUCUUUCGAAAGAGAAAUGAUGUUGUCUUCAGCAAUCAUGGCUUCUACUUGUUCAACUUCAACUACCACAGUUUUACUUCAUUGCUCAAACUUCUCAACUACUACUACUUCAACACUGAGUCAUUUGACUUCAUUUUCAACUACCAGAGUACUAAGAACUUGUUCAUCACUGAAGCAGACAUUCUUCAGAAACAACAAACUUUCAUAUGCUAAUGGGGGAAAUCGAAAUCUUAAAAGUAUCAGAAGAAGAAAACCCAUUUCUCCAAUUGUCAUGGAGUGGCAAGAUUGCACGGUUAAGAUGGAUAUUGAUGUUCCUGUUUCAACUGCGUAUAAUUGUUACUUGGAUCGUGAAGCUAUUCCCCGUUGGAUGCCUUUCAUAUCAACUGUUAAGGUUUUGGAAGAUAAGCCUGAUUUAUCAAGGUGGUCAUUGAAGUAUAAGGCAUUUGGUCAAGAUAUUGAGUUUUCCUGGCUUGCUCGCAAUAUGCAGCCGAUACCCAACCAAAAAAUCCACUGGCGAUCAUUAGAAGGUCUACCUAACAGAGGAGUCGUACGAUUUUUUCCAAAAAGUCCUACGUCGUGCACCGUAGAACUGACAGUUUCUUACGAGAUUCCUCAAAUUCUGACUCCAGUAUCAUCAGCACUAAAGCCCCUUCUUGAAAAUUUGCUUGUACGUGGUUUGGAGAGGUUCACAAAGGUUGCAAAAACAUACACAUGAUAAUUCUCGUGCAUCAUUCCAAGUAACAUUUCUGAAGCUCGAUAUUAUUAAUUGAGAUCUUUAUUACUUGGUCUCAAUCUCUUUCUUUUGUAAAUGAUAACAAUGAUGACAUACAUGGCAGAUUUCAAACAAGACAAAGCUUUUCUUUUUUUGUAAAUGUAUUGUCUUUGCUUGUUUAUGAGCCAACAUAUAUCAAUCCAUUACAUGUUUACUGA